GUGCGUUGAUUACCUGAAUGCCCUUUCAUAAACCAAGUAUUAAUCAAGAAUAAAGUCAAAUAUGUGGCCUCGCCCUGCUGUAGGAUACCUUUGGGGGUGUGGGGAGGGUGUGUAGGCCUACUGCACUUUAUGAAUAAUGAACAAGUGACGUAAACAAUGCGGCUGCAGGCUCGAGGCGGGCGCACGGAGGCGUGAUGCGGCCGUGACGUGCUUUGAGUCGGGGAUCUUUAAUCCUCUGCCGCAGCAGCCCAGCUCACCGGAGGAGGGGGGCAGCCAGGGUUCGGACAAGCAAUGGGCCGCGCAGGCUAGGCUAAGCGCAACCAGGCCGAAACCGCUCGGCGUUAAGGUAGAUAAUAAUAAGACCGCCGAGAGGAGGAGAGAUUACGACGGAGAACGAGGCGAGUAUUUCUGCCUAGGCCUGACCCCCUCUCCACCUCCAGCCAAUUCACUCAUACCUCCCGGCUGAAAAAGGCCACGCACAUAUAGUGGUUGAUUAUAAAAGCAUUUUUUCUUCUUCUUCUUCUUCUUCUUCUUCUGCUUAAAUAAAACGCCGAAUUUAGUUCUAGUCGAAUUAGUCGGCGUAGCGACACAGCGCCUCGCCCUGCCAGCUCCCCGAGAGUCACUCCGGUUCGCCCUUCAGAAGCGCCGCCGCGUCGCCUCUUUUCCUGUCAGCUGCUGCGCAUCAGCACAACAUGCAGGAUGAGCCUGUGGGGGUGACAGUCGCGCAGUUCCCCCCAUCAGCCGAGCAGGACGGCCGCAGCAGCAGCAGCAGCAGCAGCUCGGAGGGCAGAUCAGCGAAGCAAGCCGUCCACGCCGAGAGCCAGCUGAGCGCCUUCACGUCGGAUUACAGCCACCCGAGCCAGCAGAUCGCUUUCCCCGGGCGUUGCUGCCCGACGCAGCCGCUCGGUGACCUUCAGCGCGGCCGAACAGGCGCGCACCAGCCGCUGGAUUUCGUCCCGGCGGAGUCGCCCCCGCCCCGGAGACGUCUCGGUCACCCGCAGCCCUUCCCCGGCGCUGCUGACCCCCGCGGCUCUGCUGUGGAGGCGGCUGGAGCCGAUGCUGCGACGCCAUCGCCUUCCUCCAGAAACCCCAACGCGAUCCAAAUGGACUCCCCCGUCGCGCACCAUCUGAAUAACGGCAAUGGCAGCGGCGCCGGCGGCAUGCUGUCCGGGGGUCUCGGCGCCGCUUUCCCCAACCUCCCCUCCCAGGAGAUUCAAAGCGCCAGCGGCGGCGCGUCCUCGCCCUCCCUCCCCGGUUUCGGCACCCCUUGGUCGGUGCAGAGCAGCUCCUCGCCCCCGCCCGCGGCCGCCUCCAUCAACCCCAUGCACCCGAGCGCCAUCAGCCAGCUGCCCAACGCGGACUCCGAGAACAGCUUCUACCCGGGCAUCCCGUCCUCCAUCAACCCGGCCUUCUUCCAGAGCUUUUCGCCGGUGUCGGCUAAUCCGUGCGCCGGGAUCAACGUGCAGGGCUUCAGCGGUCCUUUCUCGCCUCAGAUGAGCGUCCCUCAGCAGCAGCAGCAGCAGCAUCAGCAGCAGCAGAGCCGCAGGUCGCCGGUCAGUCCCCAGAUGCACCCCCAGCAGGGCGCCUUCCUGCAGCAGAGGAACAAUUACAACCAACACCAGCCCAUGGUGAAGCCAUCCCCGUGGGGGAGCCAUCAGGGGAAUGGCUGGGGUUCCGGGGGGAUGCCCUGGGGCCGGGACCACCGCAGAGGGAGUGGCAUGGGCGUGCCCGGCUCGCUCAGCCACGCCUCGCCCCUGAAGAAGCCCUUCUCCAGCAACGUCAUCGCUCCCCCCAAGUUCCCGCGCUCUGGAGGAUCCCUGGGGCCCAAGUCCUGGAUGGAGGAGAACGUGUUUCGCACAGACAGCAACAGCAACACCAUGCUGCCCAUGCAGGAGCGCUCCAGAAUGUACGACAGCCUGAACAUGCACUCUCUGGAGAGCUCCCUGAUCGACAUCAUGCGAGUGGAGCAGGAUCCGAUGAAAGGCCGUGUGGGCUGCCCUAACCCCGGGGCUGACGGCCUUCUCAUGCUCAAUGCCAGGAGCUUUGGGAGACGUCGAGGCCGCUCCUCCCUCUUCCCGAUUGACGACAAUCUCCUCGAUGACGGCCACGGCAACCAGGGUGUCCCAGGAGUACUUGGCUCCCCCAACUGUUACCCGCACCAAAACGGGGAGCGCAUCGAGCGCUUCUCUCGCAAGGUUUUUGUGGGUGGCUUGCCUCCUGACAUAGAUGAAGAUGAAAUCACCUCAAGCUUUCGUCGCUUUGGUCACCUGGUGGUCGACUGGCCCCACAAAGCUGAGAGCAAAUCCUACUUUCCACCUAAAGGAUACGCCUUCCUACUGUUCCAGGAGGAGAGCUCGGUGCAGGCCCUGAUCGAUGCAUGCAUGGAGGAGGACGGGAAGCUCUACCUGUGUGUUUCCAGCCCCACCAUCAAGGACAAACCUGUGCAAAUCCGACCGUGGAACCUGAGCGACAGUGAUUUUGUGAUGGACGGAUCUCAGCCCCUCGAUCCCCGUAAAACCAUCUUUGUGGGAGGCGUCCCUCGUCCCCUGAGAGCGAUUGAGCUGGCCAUGAUUAUGGACCGCCUCUACGGUGGAGUGUGCUACGCGGGAAUCGACACAGAUCCGGAGCUCAAGUACCCCAAGGGGGCGGGGCGGGUGGCCUUCUCCAAUCAGCAGAGUUACAUCGCCGCCAUCAGUGCAAGAUUCGUCCAGCUGCAGCACGGCGACAUCGAUAAGCGGGUGGAGGUGAAGCCCUACGUCCUGGACGAUCAGCUGUGCGACGAGUGCCAGGGGGCUCGCUGCGGAGGCAAGUUCGCUCCCUUCUUCUGCGCCAACGUCACCUGUCUUCAGUACUACUGCGAGUUCUGCUGGGCCAACAUCCACUCCCGCGCGGGGCGAGAGUUUCACAAGCCCCUGGUGAAAGAGGGCGCCGACCGCCCCCGCCAGAUUCACUUCCGCUGGAACUAGGGGAGGACUCCACAUCCACCACGACGGUCAGAGUUAAGGGAAACACUGGCUAAACGGGGAAAAAGAGCCUCGCUCUCCCUCUCCUGCUAACCUAAGCUAUCAGUAUAAUCAAGUGCGUAACACUAUACAAUAUAUAUACUACAUAUAGCUAUAUAUCUUUUGUAGCAGCCAAACACCGCAAGCCUCAGUUUUUCACCAAAACUCCCCUCACAUCUCAGGCUCUGACAACUCUACAACUCUUUUGUGGUACUUUCAUCUUUUUCUAAGAGGAGAUUUAAAAAAGAAAAAAAAAAAAGAGAUUGAUUUUUGUAGCUUUUUUUAUUAUUAUUAUGAUUCUUAUUAUUUUUGUAUGUGAGAUUUAAAGUAGAUACAGGAAUGUUUUUUGCAUGGGGGCAGCUCGUCUGUCUGUCCGUCUGCUGCUAGCAACCACACGGUGCGUUCAGUGCACACUUGUUUCUGGGAAAAACCUCUAUUCUCUAACGUCGACUCGUGCCGCAGGUGAUUAACCAAAGGUAGCAAAAUGAUAGGAAGCUCAAAACUGACACUGUCUGCCGCGGAAACAAGCGUUACUUUAUAAUGCCGCCACGGGCUCUCUCUCUCUCUCUCUCUCUCUCUCACCUCUUUUUUUCCUUGUUAGAAAGUUUAUUGAAAGAAAAACAACGACAGAAGAAGAUAGGGUUAUUUUUUUGUGCUCAUUCUAACCCAUAGAGUGAUACCUCAAAAUACAAAACCCGGUUUCUGCUGACAUUUCUACUUAAUAAAAGCUAUUUUAGAAGCUUUGCUGCUAUAUAUAAAUAUAUAUGAAUAGAUAUGUAGGUGUUAUAUUUAAACCCGCAUCAUGUAAAAAUGAAAUGCAGUAUGCACUCAACCACUUACGGCGCCACAGAAAGAAUUAGAGUGCAUUCAAUCACAACAGGCUUAUAGCUGCAGAAGUAGCAUGCAGGACGGAUGUGAGAAAUAUGAAUAAACCAAAACGGCUGAUGGCUCGAAUCCUAUUUAAAGGUUUAAAUAAAAUAAAAAAAACUCUGUACUGGGUAGCAUGAUCAUCAGCUACAGAUUCCUAAGUGAAAAAAAGUCAGACGGAGUUAGGUAAGGAGAAAAGAAAAACGUACAUAAACGUACUUGCAUGCAUCGAUGUUUCUCUGUCGUUUGAUCUGUUUACAUACUAUCAAUACAAAAAGUGACAUUGGUUCUAAUGUAGACUUAGUAGACGCCAUCUUUUGGUGACAAUGGCGGCUUGUAUAGAAGAAGAAAAAAAAAGAAAUCAAAAGCAGAGUGGUGUUCGGUGGUUUGUGUUUGUGUUGUCCAUUGUGCUGUGUGAUUGUUCUUAGUGUGAGGCUCUAGUUUAGUUCUCAACAGGAUGUUAUGUAGAAGAAGAAAAAAAGAAAACAUGUAACAAACAUGCCUUCACGUUUCCAGUCUUUGAACCUUUGAGUGGUUCCAAAAGACGGCAUCUCUCUGGCAGAACAGUUGCUAACACAAGAGUCACAAUAUUCAGCAUCCAUCACUGGCCUGCAUACGGUGUUUGGCAAAGGUAUUCACACCCACGGAGCUUGUUUUCACUACAACUACAGUGUGGCGUGUCUUAUGUUAUAAACCAACACAAAGAAUGUCCAAAUUCUGAAAAAAUGGAGGGGAAUUAGACAAGGUUUUAAAACCACCUUUUGCUGCUGUUGUAGUACAACUUGGCACACCUGAAUGUUCAUGGUGGUUGUCCUGCUGGAAGCUUAACCCGCGCCCCAGUCUCAAGUCUUUUGAAGCCUUCGAAUGCUGCGUCCAGACUAAACGCCUUUACAGCAUCAAUACCCAUCCAGCGCCUCAACAUUGGACCUUUGUGCACAUAAUAGUUCGACGAGCUGUCCAGAGCCUCAAGUCUAGCAAAGUGGCUCCCGUGGGGAGGAGCUACCCUGUUCUUUUCCUCUGCAGGACUCUUUGGAAAAUUGCGGAUGAAAUUGAGAGAGACGCUUAGUUUUAUUUACUGAAUAAUAUAAAAUAAUCUGUGCCGUGUCUGGAUUCCACAGAUAAUUCAGAGGCGUUUUGAGCUUGGUGAGAUUCACCACCUACUGCAGGAGGUGCGCGCUGACGAGGGUCGCUUUCAGUGCUAUUUAUGAUCACCCAGCCCAGUGAUCCGAAGUAAAAAAUAUUUUUCCAGUCGGAAAUUCCACCACUACGCCACAUAGUAGAGUCUCUCUGAUUGGUUGAUGCCCCGCGUCCAGCUGCAAAGGUUUAGAUUUGCCAACUCCUGCGUCCUCUAGAGGCACGUAACGCAAACCAAACCGAGUUUGCUGCACAGAAUCUUCCAAACGCGCUGCGCCCAGGUGCGUCCGCCAUAGACUUUGCAUGUAAAUCCGAUGGCCUCGAUGCUAAACGCAGCGUAGCAGGCUUCCUCCAGGAUUUCCCUGCAUUUAGCUCCAUCCAUCUUCUCAUCAUCUCUAAUACAGCUUCUCACCUUCCUGCUGAAGAAAAGCGUACCCACACCAUGAUACUGCCACCACCAUGUGUCACAGUGGAGAUGGGGUGCACCUUUAAGUGCACUCUUCUAACACGUUUGCUUUGUCCUUUACACGGCUUGAAGAGAGCCGCUAAUGGGAUUUCUUAAGGCUUUCUUUUAACUCUAGCGCUCUCCUGCCACUCCUUCAUAAAGACUGAAUUACUACAUUGAUAAUUGUGUUGCUGUCAGCACAUUUCCCUCACCUGAGGUGUGGAUCUUUGCAGCUCCUCCAUAGCUACCAUGGGCCUCUCGGCUGCUUCUCUGAUCAAUGCUCUCCUUAUUCUGUCAGCCUGCUGUAAACUUAUGCAAAGCUUUCUCCCUGACCUGUCUGCCAUGUUCCUCGGUCAUGAUGCCGAUUGUUCUCUAAUGUUCUCUGAUGAACAACUGAGGCCUUCAAAGGACAGCUGCAUUUCCUCUCAAAUGAACCUACACACAGGUGUAAUCUGAAGGGACUUUAGUGAACUGGGCUUUAUUUCGGGGUCUCAGAGUAAACAGGGUUGAAUAGACAUGCUUUCCAAACUUUUCAGAAUUCAAUUGACAAAAAACACAAAUCACAAGUCCUCGCCCUUCUACUCCACAGUCAGGCUCUACUUUGUGUUGGUCUGUCACAUAAAAUCCCAAGAAGAUACGUUGAAGUGUGCGGCUCUAACGAGUGAAAGUAAAAGUGAAAACGUUGGAGCGAGGGGGUGUGGAUAUGUUUGCAAGGCUCUGUAUGUUUUGUAAUGUAACAGUCACGCCUCCAUGCUGUGGGACAGUCUUAAGGAAAGUCUGGCCCGGUGACUGGACGACGAAGCAUCCCCUCACCACACUUUUACAGGGAGGGAGAUGACUUUAACAAAAAAAAAAAAAAAUAAUGAAGCUCUCUUUGUUCGUUUAUACAUUUUUCCGUCGGUUUCCACCUCGACCCUUGAAAGACUUUUGACACAACUGUUUAGGGACAAUCUUUUCUGUGAGGAAGGCCGCUCGGCCGUCCACUCAGUACUGUACACGUGUGUGUGUGUCGCUCCCGUGUCGCCGUGGUUUCUGUGUGCCCCUCCCCUUCUGUGUGGUCCUCAGUGUCAGUCCCAUGUGUGCUGUUACGAAACCUUAACGUGGAUGGAAACCUAAAGCUCCUAUAUUCUUAUAGUUGGUUUGUAUAAUUUAAACUGUUUGUGUCGACGACUACUUACCCAUCACUGCUCUAUGUUUUUUGAUAAUAUAUAUUAUUAUUAUGCACUACUUUUCUAUUCACCCCCACUCCCCCCAAUGAUUUCAGUGCAAACGUGGGCUCCACUUAUUUAUUAUAACUGUAUAGAUGAUUUAUUAAAUGUUAUUUUUUCACGAUUACUUACUUACGAUGUAGCGUGACGCAGUGGUCUUAAGUUAUCUAUGUUCUCUGUGAUAAGGAUCCCAGAUUUUCUAAUAUAUUUUAGUGGAAUUCGGAUGUCGUGAGGAGCGGGAGUCAAAAAAAAAAAAAAAAAAAAAAGACGUUGCCGCCCGCGGAGUGAGAAGCUAAAGAAACGAGCUCAACGCGUCUCCCGCCCCGUAGUGCAUCUGAUGAUGUGUGAAUAUCGUCACCUGUAACACUUGACUCGUACUGUUUUCGUGAGGUUCUAUUUUCUAUGUUGAACACUGUUCAUUUGCUCUGUAUGCGUCCUCGUUUUGCUUUUUGUAAAUGCAUAUUUAUUUUCACUAUUUUUGUAGACGAGAGGAAAAAGAUUUUGAUUUUGAUUGUAUUUUUCUAUUUAAAUAGGACUUAUAUUACAAUUUAUUUCCCCCACCCACCCAGUUAUGCCCCAAAGGUUCUCUGAGGAGUCAUCGUUAGACGUUAGGAACGCCAUCAGACGGUUUUUGAUACACAGGUGAUUCUUAUUUCGAUACACGAGGCACAUAUUGUUCGAAGGAAGGAAACAUGAAGGUUUUCUUUUAAUCUGGGUAGAGGCUUGACAUUCUCGACCCCACCCCCCCGAUCCCCCCCGUUGCAUUGAGGCCGCCUGUCCUCAUCGAUGCGCUGAAACUUGAAUAUAACACAUUUUGAAAGGCCGACUAACCUCGACUCUGUGUUGUGAUGUGCAAUACUGUUUCUAAUGUUUGUAUAAAAGUAAGAACUACAGUGUAGACCUUUUUAAAUGCAGAUUUAUUUUUUUCAUUGCAUAUUUUGCAGAUUUCUGAUCCACAGUGUCAUUUUUUACCGUCAGAAAAACGAACCCCGUUUUUUCAUUGCGAGUAUUUUUAAAUCCAGAUAUCUUUGUACUGAUGUAAAUGAUUGUAGUUAUUUUGAAUAGUGUUUUGCUAACAAACGGAGAGACUUUUUCAUGCGUAUUUCUAUUUCCUUUCAUCUUGUUUGAUCCUGCAUUUUUACUUUCGUUUAACAGUAGCAGGUUUGUUUUUGGAAUAAUUUGUCAUAUUUAAAACGUCAUCGUUUUCGUGGGGUUUUUCUUUGUAUUUUUAUGUGGAGACAUAAUAUAUUUGAGAUGCUAACUGCUGAGAUAUUUUUAAGUUUUUGAUUAUUUUUAAAGCUAAAUUUUUGUAACUUUAUUGGUAAAGUGACUAAUUUCUAAAUCAAAGUUUGUGUAUGGAUUCACAAAGCAGUCUAUGAGGUGUUUGGAUUGCGAUUAUUACUGAAUGGUUCUUUGAUAUGCAAGAUGAAUAUCAUGGUUAUUUUUCUUUUUUGUUGGUUUUGUAUUUAAAUGGGGUGUUGAUUACAAUCUUCUCUUCUUUUACUUCCUGAAUAAAGACCCAUUCUGUUUGGACACAA